AUGGAGGGCCAGGGUGAAAACGACGAACUCUACCCCAUCGCCGUCCUGAUCGAUGAGCUGAAGCAUGACGAUGUUCUCAUUCGUCUGAACGCCAUCCACCGCAUCUCCACCAUUGCUUUGGCCCUGGGUGCCGAGCGGACCCGGGAGGAGCUCAUUCCAUUCCUUGAUGACUCCGUUGAGGAUGAAGAUGAAGUCUUGACCGCAUUAAGUGAAGAGCUGGGCAAUUUCAUAGAAUAUGUCGGUGGUCCGGAAUACGGGCAUGUGCUCCUUUCUCCGCUGGAGAAUUUGGCCGCCAUUGAAGAACCCGUAGUGAGAGAGAAGGCCGUCGAAUCCCUCAACAAAAUCGGCGAGCAGCUGUCCGAAAAGCAGAUCGAAGAGUAUUUCGUUCCCAUGAUCCAACGCCUGUCCAAAGCCGAUUGGUUUACCUCGAAAGUCUCCGCCACCGGUCUUUACUGCGUGCCUUACAAGAAAGCCCCUACGCCCCUUCAGCAAACUCUCCGGCAAUACUUCGGAGGCCUGGUGCAUGACGACACUCCGAUGGUGAGGAGACAGGCUGCCAACAACCUCGCCAAGUUUGUGAAGGAAAUGGACACACAAGUCGUCAUUGAUGAGAUGAUACCCCUGUUCCAAUACCUGGCGAGUGAUGACCAGGAUAGCGUACGUUUGCUUACCGUGGAUAUUCUGAUUUCCAUCGCGGAGGAGAUUCCCAAGGAACAACAGCCCAGCCAUGGUGUUCUGUUGACCUCCCUACGGAAUUUGUUCGAGGAUAAGAGUUGGAGGGUCCGAUACAUGGUCGCCGACCGAUAUGAAAAGAUCGCGAAAGCUGUACAUGAAGAGGUUGUGACUCGGGACAUGGUUCCCUCGUUUGUGAAGCUCCUCAAGGACACGGAGGCUGAGGUCCGCACUGCAAUUGCCGGCCAGAUCCCUGGUUUCUGCAGCUUGAUUGACCGGGACACGCUUCUGAACGAGAUUAUGACUAGCGUGGAAGACUUGGUCUCCGAUCCAUCCCAGCAUGUGCGCGCUGCUUUGGGUACCCAAAUCAGCGGCCUCGCUCCUAUUCUCGGAAAAGAAGAGACUAUCGCCCAUCUGCUUCCUAUGUUCCUUCAGAUGCUCAAGGACGAGUUCCCCGACGUACGACUCCACAUCAUCUCUAAACUGGAGUUGGUUAACAAAGUCAUUGGGAUCGACCUCUUGUCUCAGUCUCUCCUCCCUGCUAUCGUACAACUGGCCGAGGACAAACAGUGGCGAGUCCGCCUUGCAAUUAUCGAAUACAUUCCUCUGCUCGCCAGCCAGCUCGGCGUCAAAUUCUUUGAUGAGCAGCUGAGCGAUCUGUGCAUGGGAUGGCUGGGAGAUACAGUCUUCUCCAUCCGUGAGGCUGCCACUCAGAACUUGAGAAAGCUCACGGAAGUGUUUGGUGUGGACUGGGCCAAGGGGUCUAUCAUUCCCAAGGUCAUGGCCAUGGGACAGCACCCGAACUACCUCUAUAGAAUGACGACAUGCUUUGCUGUCUCGACUCUUGCUCCUGUCGUCUCCCUCGAAAUCAUCGACAACUCCAUCCUUCCCAUCUUGGACAGACUUGUCACGGACGAGAUUCCCAACAUCCGGUUCAACGUCGCCAAGUCAUAUGCUGUUCUAAUUGACACCCUGCGACGGCUACCGGCAGAGGGCACCCUGGUAGACCUGGAGAAGUCCGGCAAAACCGCCACACCGUCACCGAAGGGCCAAGAGCUCAUCCAGCAGAGAAUCAUCCCUAGCUUGGAAAAGCUGCAAGAGGACGAAGACGUCGAUGUUCGGUACUUUGCCACCACUGCGACAGGCGGCCACGAGGAGGUGAUGCAGACGUCGCCCUAG